UCAGCCGGCGGCACUGCUAACUUAAGCAUUGAUUCCACUGGGAUAGAAGCGGCGGGAGCGGCGUUGGCACCGGCGAACCAUGGCUGGGAUUUUCUAUUUCGUCCUCUUUUCGUUUCUCUUCGGGAUUUGCGGCGCUGUCACCGGUUCCAGGGUGUACCCCGCGAAUGAAGUUACUUUAUUGGAUUCCAGAUCUGUUCAGGGAGAACUUGGGUGGAUAGCAAGCCCUCUGGAAGGAGGGUGGGAGGAAGUGAGCAUUAUGGAUGAAAAAAAUACACCUAUCCGAACCUACCAAGUGUGCAACGUGAUGGAACCCAGCCAGAAUAACUGGCUACGAACUGAUUGGAUCACUCGAGAAGGGGCUCAGAGGGUGUAUAUUGAGAUUAAAUUCACCUUGAGGGACUGUAAUAGUCUUCCGGGAGUCAUGGGAACUUGUAAGGAGACGUUUAACCUAUACUACUAUGAAUCAGACAAUGACAAAGAGCGUUUCAUCAGAGAGAGCCAGUUUGCUAAAAUUGACACUAUCGCUGCUGAUGAGAGCUUCACCCAAGUGGACAUUGGUGACAGAAUCAUGAAGCUGAACACUGAGAUCCGGGAUGUAGGGCCCCUGAGCAAAAAAGGGUUUUACCUGGCAUUUCAGGAUGUGGGGGCCUGCAUUGCCCUGGUAUCGGUCCGCGUGUUCUAUAAAAAGUGUCCACUCACGGUUCGUAACCUGGCCCAGUUUCCAGACACCAUCACAGGGGCUGAUACAUCUUCCCUGGUGGAAGUUCGAGGCUCCUGUGUCAACAACUCAGAAGAGAAGGAUGUGCCAAAAAUGUACUGUGGGGCAGAUGGUGAAUGGCUGGUACCCAUUGGCAACUGCCUAUGCAAUGCUGGGCAUGAAGAGAGGAGUGGAGAAUGCCAAGCUUGCAAAAUUGGAUAUUACAAGGCUCUUUCCACGGAUGCCACCUGUGCCAAGUGCCCACCCCACAGCUACUCUGUCUGGGAAGGAGCCACCUCAUGCACCUGUGACCGAGGCUUUUUCAGAGCCGACAACGAUGCUGCCUCUAUGCCCUGCACCCGCCCGCCGUCUGCUCCCCUGAACUUGAUUUCAAAUGUCAACGAGACAUCGGUGAACUUGGAGUGGAGCAGCCCUCAGAACACAGGUGGUCGCCAGGACAUUUCCUAUAACGUGGUGUGCAAGAAAUGUGGAUCUGGGGACCCCAGCAAGUGCCGACCCUGUGGGAGUGGUGUCCAUUAUACACCACAGCAGAAUGGCCUGAAGACCACCAAAGUCUCCAUCACUGACCUCCUGGCUCAUACCAAUUACACGUUUGAAAUCUGGGCUGUGAAUGGAGUGUCCAAGUACAAUCCUAGCCCAGACCAAUCAGUUUCUGUCACUGUGACAACCAACCAAGCAGCACCGUCAUCCAUUGCUUUGGUCCAAGCUAAAGAAGUCACGAGAUACAGUGUGGCGCUGGCUUGGUUGGAACCAGAUCGGCCCAAUGGAGUAAUCUUGGAGUAUGAAGUCAAGUAUUAUGAGAAGGAUCAGAAUGAACGAAGUUAUCGUAUAGUUCGGACAGCUGCCAGGAACACGGAUAUCAAAGGCCUGAACCCUCUGACUUCCUAUGUGUUCCACGUGAGAGCCAGGACAGCAGCUGGCUAUGGAGACUUCAGCGAGCCCUUGGAGGUCACAACCAACACAGUGCCUUCCCGGAUCAUUGGAGAUGGGGCCAACUCCACUGUCCUUCUGGUCUCUGUCUCAGGCAGUGUGGUGCUAGUGGUCAUUCUCAUUGCAGCCUUUGUCAUCAGUCGGAGACGGAGUAAAUACAGUAAAGCCAAACAAGAAGCAGAUGAAGAGAAACAUUUGAAUCAAGGUGUUAGAACUUACGUGGAUCCCUUUACAUAUGAAGAUCCCAACCAAGCAGUUCGAGAAUUUGCCAAAGAAAUCGAUGCAUCCUGCAUUAAGAUUGAAAAAGUUAUAGGAGUUGGUGAAUUUGGCGAGGUAUGCAGUGGGCGUCUCAAAGUGCCUGGCAAGAGAGAGAUCUGUGUGGCCAUCAAGACCCUGAAAGCUGGUUACACAGACAAACAGAGGAGAGACUUUCUGAGUGAGGCCAGCAUCAUGGGACAGUUUGAUCACCCAAACAUCAUUCAUUUGGAAGGCGUCGUCACUAAAUGUAAACCAGUAAUGAUCAUAACCGAGUACAUGGAGAAUGGCUCCUUGGAUGCAUUCCUCAGGAAAAAUGAUGGCAGAUUUACAGUCAUUCAGCUGGUGGGCAUGCUUCGUGGUAUUGGGUCUGGGAUGAAGUAUUUAUCUGAUAUGAGCUAUGUACAUCGCGAUCUGGCUGCACGGAACAUCCUGGUAAAUAGCAACUUGGUCUGCAAAGUGUCUGAUUUUGGUAUGUCCCGAGUGCUUGAGGAUGACCCGGAAGCAGCUUAUACUACCAGGGGUGGCAAGAUUCCCAUCCGGUGGACUGCACCAGAAGCGAUUGCCUAUCGUAAAUUCACAUCAGCAAGUGAUGUAUGGAGCUAUGGAAUCGUUAUGUGGGAAGUGAUGUCGUACGGAGAGAGACCCUAUUGGGAUAUGUCCAAUCAAGACGUGAUUAAAGCCAUUGAGGAAGGCUACCGGCUCCCCCCUCCAAUGGACUGCCCAAUUGCACUCCACCAGCUGAUGCUAGACUGCUGGCAGAAGGAGAGAAGCGACAGGCCUAAAUUUGGGCAGAUUGUCAACAUGUUGGACAAACUCAUCCGCAACCCCAACAGCUUGAAGAGGACAGGAACGGAAAGCUCCAGACCCAACACUGCCUUGUUGGAUCCAAGUUCCCCUGAAUUCUCUGCCGUGGUAUCAGUGGGUGAUUGGCUCCAGGCCAUUAAAAUGGACCGGUAUAAGGAUAACUUCACAGCUGCUGGUUAUACCACACUAGAGGCUGUGGUGCACGUGAACCAGGAGUAAGUACUCAGCGAUGUAACACGAAAGGUGACCUGGCAAGAAUUGGCAUCACAGCCAUCACGCACCAGAAUAAGAUUUUGAGCAGUGUUCAGGCGAUGAGAACCCAAAUGCAGCAGAUGCACGGCAGAAUGGUUCCUGUCUGAGCCAGUACUGAAUAAACUCAAAACUCUUGAAAUUAGUUUACCUCAUCCAUGCACUUUAAUUGAAGAACUGCACUUUUUUUACUUCGUCUUCGCCCUCUGAAAUUAAAGGAAAAAAAAAAUCUGCAGCAUUGCUUGGUGUACAGAUUGCUGAAACUGCGGGGUUUACAGAAAUGACAGCCGGUCAUUUGAAUGAGACCUGGAACAAAUUGUUUCUCAGAAGUACUUCUGUUCAUCACCAGUCUGUAAAAUACAUGUACCUAUAGAAAUAGAACACUGCCUCCGAGUUUUGAUGCUGUAUUUGCUGCCAGACACUGAGCUUCUCUGAGACAUCCCUGAUCCUCUCUCCAUUUGGAAUUACAAUCGUAGUAUUUUGUUUGUGGCAUAAAUUACAGUCAUCUCUUUUUCACUGGAAUGACGACCAUGCCCAGGAGCAUUUUUGAAGGACUCAGUUGUGGCUUGUAGGGCUUGGUUCAUACCAUGGAAAAUAACCUAGUUGAAACCACCUGGCUCAUCAGUGUUGCCUCUUCUGUGCUCAGGCCACCUAGUGGAUUCCUAUGAUGUGGGGGGCUGGAAAGAAAUGGAAAGUGGAUUUAAAAAAAAAAAUUUAAAAACCCAAGCCCCAUAACCCCUAACUGGACAAAAUGAGGUUUCUGUUUCUUUGGGCCUGAGGCUGUGCCAUAUAAAGUCGUAUUUUGGGACUCUACAAACUUAUUGUAACUACCUUAUGGACAGUGGGCUGUGACAAUCUUGAAUGGGGAACUUUCACACUUUCUUUUUUUAAAGAAGCAACCCCAAAUCUGUAAGGGAAUAGAUUCUGCUAUCUUGGCCUCACAGCCCUUCCUGUUGAUUACAAAGCCUAUGGAAGAAAACAGAACACGCCUUCCUCGGUUCCGUCUAAAUGGGUUCCUUCUGCUUCUAUUACACCAGUUCUGGGGCAAAGGCACUGAUGAAACAACACUCAUACCUGAAAAGGAUAAAUGUGUGAUUUUUCAAAUCCCCUUUCCCAGUGAAAGAAACAGCAAACAUUUAAGAUUCAGCAUCUGUUCUCCAGUUGCACUGAAGAAUGUACUGUCUCGCAGCAGCAGCUCUGCAGAGCCCUUGCUCCCAAACUCUUGUGGUUUUAUUUAUAUGUAUUUUCCAUAUUUCAUUCCUGUACGUCACUGCUGCAUUGGUAUGGCAGCAAGUGACCAAAGGCUACAGGUUUUAUUAUGGACACCAGGUCAGGUGCCACCACACAAAACAAAGCCAGUUCUUAUGAGCUGCCUAUGAUAUGCAUUGCUGAAGUAACAUUUUACCCAGGGUGUGCCAUUGCAGUGAUAUAAAUAUAUUUUUUUCCUAGACUAAA